CGAGAAGGGAAAUUGUAUGUUUAUUAAUUCUACUUGUACUUUUGAAUUUACAACCUAGAUCUGACAAUGCUGACGUGAGCAGAAAUUCAUUAUGCCUUCCGGGUUUGCUGUUUUAUUGAAUUCUGCUCUCAAACUGAUUUGCCUUGUGAGUUCUACACUCUAGUAUAGGCACCAAAUUAACCCAGAUGGUACAGUUCAGAAGUCUUACAAGUUUUUAUCGCGGUAUAUUUUAGCAUUUAUUUGAUAUACCUGAGCAAAAAAAUAUGCACACUCUCUCCUUUCAUAGAAUCAUAGAAUGUUUUGGAUUGGAAGGGACCAUAAGGAUCAUGUAGUUCCAACCCCCCUGCCCUGGGCAGGGACACCUCCCACCAGACCAGGCUGCUCAAAGCCCCAUCCAGCCUGGCCUUGAACCCCUCCAGGGAUGGGGCAGCCACAGCUUCUCUGGGCAACCUGGGCCAGGGGCUCACCACCCUCACAGCAAAGAAUUUCUUGCUGAUAUCCAAUCUAAAUCUCCCCUCUUCCAGUUUGACCUGCUCACCGGUUUGACCAGCAGCAUUUGAGUGUUAGUGAAUUGAAGGUUUGGGAGAAACAAAACCAAAGAAAAAGAUAAGCAAACCUAAAAAGGAGAUUUUUGUUCUAAGUCUGACCUUAGGUCAGGAGAUGGAGAGUUAUAUGAAAUUAUCAGUUGUGCAGCAAGUGGGAUGCAUCAGCGCCAGCGGUCCAGGAAGUUUCAAGGCUUUAAAUCGAUUUCAAUUCUGUAAAUCAAAUCUGGACGUGUCGGAGAUGCUGGAGACGCUUGUUUCUGGGGGGAUUCGAGGGUGGGGGUCCGGCGUUCAGACAGCCCCUGGGUCUCUGGUUCCCGGCGGCCACCGCAGGACCCCGCAGGCCGGUGUCCCUGCGCCGCUGUGGCGAGGGUCGGGGCCUCUUGCCGCGGCGGCUCCGGCGCAGGCCGCGGUUGCCCGGGCGACCACGGAGAGGGGCGUGAGUGACCUAUCGGAAGCAGUAUCCGUCGCCAUCCGGGUCAGCAUGGCGGCGGGGCGGGCGCGGCGGGGAGGAUGCCGCUGGUGGUCCUGUGCGGGCGACCGGGCAGCGGGAAGAGCCGGCGGGCGGCGGAGCUGCGGGAGGCGCUGGGCGGUCCGGAGUGCCAGGCCCACGUCGUGGCCGAGGCGGAGGGCGGCCGGGGGGAGCUGCGUGCCGAGGUUGAGCGGCGGCUGAGCCGGCGGGACGUGGUGAUCGUGGACGCGGGUAACGAGCUGCGGAGCAUCCGCUACGAGCUGUACUGCGCGGCGCGGCAGGCCGGCACGGCCCGCUGCCUCCUCCACUGCGUCGGCGGCUCGGGCCGCCCCGACGAGCCGCCCUUCGAGGCCCCCGACCCCCGCAACCGCUGGGACCGGCCGCUCUUCACGGUGCACGGGGAGGAGCCGCUGCCGCUGGCCGCCAUCCGCGCCGCCCUCUUCGAGAGCGCCCCGCCGCCGCCGCACCGCGCCACCCGCUCCCAGCCCCUGCAGUCCUGCGGCUUCCUCCACCACCUCGACCGUGUCACGCAGGAGGUGCUGGCCGCCGUCAUGGCCGCCCAGAGGGACGGGGCGCAGCCCGGGGAGGUGGUCCGCGUCCCCGGCGUGGCCGAAGGGCUGGUGCUGACCCGGCCCGUGAGCAUGGCCGAGCUGAGCCGCCUGCGCAGGCAGUUCAUCAGCUACACCAAGAUGCAGCCCAGUGAUGAAAACUUGCCCCAGUUGGCCAGCAUGUUCCUGCAGUACCUUAGCCGCAGCAUCCAGUGAAGCCUGACACCUGUGCCGCACACAGCAGUGGCCGUGGUCCGGUCCCAAAGUGCUCGCAACAGUAAGAACGUGCCUUCCAGCCACAGACCCACGGAGCUCGGGUCCCACCUAUCGCAUAUUGGAUCAUAGAAUCACAGAAUAUCUCAAGUUGGAAGGGACCCAUAAAGAUCAUCAAGUCCAACUCAUGUGGCAACAGCAGCUCUGGGAAGAUGGAUGCCAUGUCCCUGCAGCACCCGAGCAAGCUAUAUUGCUAAGGGGAUCUGUAGGGAUGCUGUUCCUCCACCCCUGCGUUCUCCUCACUUGCAUCUUUGGAAAAGGAGAGCUACUGUUGCAUGCCUGAGCAAGUGAAGUCUCCUAUGGAGACCUAAACCCCAGUAAUCCAAUAGUGUCUCAGCAUGAAAGCCCAAAAGGUGGUGACUGUAGGGAAAACUUUCUGCCUCCGCAGUGGCAUGUGUAUGUCUUGAAUAAGAAGAUUGUUUUUCCAAGGCUUUCUCCAGCUAAUGUCAAACUGCAGAGGAGACUUCUGGUGCAGAACUGUAACAGGCUGUAUUUUUAGGAUGUGACUGUUUCAAAAAAUCCUGCUGAAUCCAAGAGAUAGAUUUGCAAACUGUGUGUGACAGAACGGUGCCGGCUUAGCAUACUCAAACCUCUCUGUUUCAGGUUUAGCAAUAAAAUGUGUGCCUUAAAUAGAGUACGGUCUUAAUUUAUCUGCAGGACUAUUUUAUUGAAAUAAUUUGCUGUGUCUUUUUCUCUGCAAGGUCAUCGUUAAACGCCUUUAAAAACACUUAGUUCUUUAAGAAUGAGUGCUGUCAUAGGAAAAGUGAGCUAAAAUGACAGUGUCUGUUCUGGGUGAAACUCUCCCAUAAAUCUGUACCAGCUGUGAUGGGUAACUUAGUUUUGCACUUAGUUUCAACUAAUUUCAGUCUUUGCUAUACCACAUAUAUAGCUUAUAUAAACUUUUCACUUUCUAGGGGAUGCUUCAUCUCUCAUUUUAAUAAAUUGUGGCUUUUGGUUUUAAUUGUAUGUGUAGUGCUGCCUGGGAGGAAAUGGUAAAGUGGGGCAGGAAGGGUUACUUUAAUUACAAUGGCUGUUUAUCUGACAUACUGGCUGCUAGGUGGACUUAUGCAUUGCAGGAGUGAGAAAUGACUACAAAAAUGUUUUGAUGUAAAUAAGGUUAUUUUUCCUGUCUAAGUAAAGAGAAUAAAGCUGGGAAAGUACA